AUGUGGAGGCCUACGAUGAAGCUUGGGUUGCAACUCGGAUACUGGGGCGCACGGCCGCCGGCAAACGCGCCCGGAACUGAUCGAGGCAGCGGAAGGCGCGGGAUUCGACGCGCGGUCUUCGCAGGCGGAGUCGAUCUCGGACCGAGAACGUCCGUCUCGGCACGUCCGAUCGUACAGAUUUCGGCACGAACUGCCGACCAGCUGUACCGUAAUGCACGCGCUUCACUCCUCGAUCACCUCAACGGUGGGCGAACGAUCCCUCGAGCUCGGCAUUAUGUCCGGCCCGCAAGUCUCGUCGAAGGUUGGUACGGCCAGCCAUUCGAGAAGCCGCUCGCGCGCACCCGCGAAUACGUCUCGAUCGUGCUUGGGUCCUCGCCCGUGAAGCGCCAGUCACCAGCCCCGGCCCCCACUACCCUCUGCCGUAUGCGGGACCGGGCGGUUCGGGACUUAACGGCAAGCCGCUCAAGCCCAUUACGCACCCGCUGCGGUGCUGGACAUCCCGAUCUGGCUCGGCGCCGAAGGAGCCGAAGAACG